GUCACGUCGGAACGCAGUGGUCGCGGCGGGCGGGUGUCGCGGCGCGCGGUUAGCAGGUAGUUGUCUGCGGUUGCCUGUAGCUGUCCGAGAUUCGUCGUUCGGGCUACGUACAGUCGUCAGUGUCGUCACACAGCCGAUCGCAUUGUCCAACCAUCGUGCAAGUUUGUUGAAAGGAAACAGGGUCAAAAUGUCACGUCUCGCGGUAGCGUUGCUGCUGAUUUGUCUUCACGUGGGAUCCGGUGUUUAUGGCAUAGAUUGUACCUAUGGACGCAAUAAAAAUGUUUUCGACGACUUUUUAACUACAUGUCCAAGAUUGACAGAUUCACCUGAAAAGACCUUCUGCUGCAUCGAUUUGACUAACGACAACGCAUACUGCUGCACUGCCGAGGAGUUUGCGAUAAAAACUGGAUUCGGUGUCGUCAUACCUGUGAUAAUUGGAUCGGUCAUAGUUAUCGCUGUAAUAGUGUGCUGCAUAUCCUGCCUCUGCUGCAGCUGCUGUCCCUGGUAUCGUCGCCGUCAAGGCACCGUCUACGGAAAAGUUCAGGCACCUGUUGUGCAAGUAAUUCAGCCCCAGGCAAAUCUUCCACCAAGCUACACCAACCAACCUCCAAGCUAUAGCGUUCCAUAUCCAACAGGCUCGACAGGAAUGCCGCAACCCCCACCGUACAAUGAGGCGUAUGCUAAACAAGCUCCGUACAAUCCUGCUUACCCACCAUCACAGUGAUCUUUCAAGUUAUAGUUAUCAUAAUUAAUAGUUAACGAUGAAGGGGUUUAUGAAUUUCCGUUCUACCGAGCGAUCCUUAUCGUCUCUACUCAAUUUCAUACGAACGUCAAUACAGCAAAGAAUUGUGUUCAUAUAUCGUACCACAAUGAUGUGAUUUAUAUGCGUGGGCGAUUUACCAUAAACUCUGGCCAUAAACACUCGCACAAAUUUUGUACUAUUUAUGCGUUUUUCUUGCUCGAUACAUCUUUCUUAGAAAAGUGUUCGAUAUUUGUAUUUUAAUUUUACUUUUAUUAUAUUUGUUAGAAAGUGUGGUUUAUAUAAAUCCGUUUUCUGCGAAAACGGACAGAACAAACAGAAAUACUCUCCAUGAGAUAUGAUUUUAUAACAAGAAAAAAAAAGUAUAUUAAACUAUUCAACUUUGUAUAGCGUUAAAAUACAUUUGAGAAAAUCUUAUCUGAUGUUGUAAAUAAAAAAAGUUGAUAUCCCACACGAGUUUCUUCAAAUUAAAAAUCUUGUAUUCUUGUAGCAAUAUUUUUAAUUAUGAAGAAAAUCAUAACUCAUGAAUCUUUCAUAUUUUUUGUUCUAAGAGGAUUAAGGAAGAGAGUAUUCCGUGCAAUUUACUAAUUUAUACUAUCAAACACGGAUGGAAACUUAUGACAAAAUUAAUGUAUUUUGUGUAGUAUGAGUAAAAAAAUUCAUAACUGUAAUUAUCCGUGUUAUUAAAGAUGCAGGAUUGCAGGA